UAUAUAUAUAUAUAUAGCAAACCGAGCCAAUUUUUUUCCAACAUUUUUUACCUUUUAACCAUGGCGAAAAUCUCCGUCGCCGUACUUUUCCUCUUAUUUACGCUUUCCUUUGCUCGUAUUCCUGUAAGUCAACCGGAAAAUGACGUCAUGCACCUCAAACUCCCUUCAGAAAAUGACGUCAUCCGCCCCGAACAUCUUAAUACUCUACAGGAAUUCGAGGAUUCGGCGCCUAUUCUUAGCCUUCCUAAAAACGCCGAUAACGAAGAGACUCACUCCGUCCAUACGUUGCCGUUGACCUUAGUCAAAUUCCGGCUCCGAUCUAACCUACCGUUCCGCCUAUGUCGCCACCAUUUCCACCACCGGGAUCCGGUAUCACGGCGUCAGAUCCCUUACGGUAAUGACAAAAUACUCUCUUCCGGCAAAAACAUUGACUUUGAUAAGUUUGCAUACCGUGUCGGCGUGCGUGAACUUCCAUCGGAUCGGGUCAAUUUUCACCACUACCAUCACGAUAACGAAGACGAUGAUCACAAAGAGGAGAAGAUCUCGAAGUUUCUCGACAAGCGCGAGAAGCUUGGUAAGAUCUCGAAGUUUCUAGACGAUGAUCGCGUGAAGUUUGGUAAAAAGAAAUUGAAACGUCAAAAUCAAUUCCAGGCUCAUCGAUUUGAUAAAGAUGAUGAUAUUGAGGAUGACAAAAGAUCAAAGCUUGAUGCUAAGUAUUAUGGUGAAGACCAAUUUAGCUUUGAUAGAAUGAAAUUGAGGAAGCAUUUUCAUUAUCGCGAUGCUGCUGAAGAAGAAGAAGAAGAAAAAGCUAAGUGGCAUAAGAGGGGAAAAAAGAAAGGUGGAUUCAUGAGAAGUAUUCGCAAGUUUUUGCAUCACUACUUCGAUUGAAGGUAGAAAGAAAGGAUAGCCGGUUUAUAAAGUAUCUCGUAUUUAUGCAGCGUCAAAGAAAAUGUCGUAUCUCGUAUUUAUGUAGGGUUAGAGAAAAUGCUGCAUGAUAUAUACAUUACCGCCUAAUACAAGUAUUAGUAACUACUUUGAUUGAAGCCUUUGUAAAAUAACUUUGCUUUUAUGUUGUAUGAUAGAAUGUUUUUAUGAGUUAUAUAUGUAUUUCUUGUGUUUUUUGUUUUGUUUUGGAUGAUGUUGUUCCUUUGUUGUUUGUAAAUAACUUUGCAUCCAUGUGAGAUGUAGUAGGAAGUGUUCUAAUUAUUACUAUUAUUAUAUGAAUACGUUUUGGAA